AUGUCCAGGGCAGCUGCGAGGUUUAAGAUCCCGAUGUCGGUGACGAAGGACAGCUUUGCCUUCCCCUCCCUUCGCUGCUUCUCCAUCAUUGUCGCCGUUGAUGAGCAGCACGGCAUCGGCGACGGAAAGACAAUCCCGUGGCAGGUGCCGGAGGACAUGGCGUUCUUCAAAGACCAAACCACGCUGCUACGCAACAAGAAACCGCCGACGGAGAAGAAGCGCAACGCCGUCGUGAUGGGUCGCCAGACGUGGGAAAGCGUUCCGCUCAAGUACCGGCCACUCAAGGGUCGGCUGAACGUGGUGCUUUCCUCGAAGGCCACCGUGGACGAGCUUCUGGCGGCACUGCCGGAGGGAAAGCGGACCGCAGCGGCGCAGGAUCUGGUGGUGGUGAACGGCGGACUCGCCGAGGCACUCCAUCUCCUCGCACGGCCGCCGCACUGCAGCUCCAUUGAAACAGCGUACUGCGUCGGUGGCGCGCAGGUUUACUCCGACGCCAUGACGGCGCCGUGCGUCGAGAAGCUGCAGGAGGUGUACCUGACCCGCAUCUACGCGACGGCGCCGGAGUGUACGCGCUUCUACCCGUUCCCGCCCACAAACGCCGCCGCCGCCGCGUGGGACCUGGCAUGGACUCAGGGACGCCAGCGGAGCGAGACUGGCGGUGUCGAGUACGAGAUCCGAAAAUACGUGCCACACAACCACGAGGAGCGGCAGUACCUCGAACUGAUUGACCGCAUCAUGAAGACUGGUAUUGCGAAGGAGGACCGCACCGGAGUGGGCAUUCUCAGCCUCUUCGGCGCGCAGAUGCGCUUCUCCUUGCGAGACAACCGCCUGCCGCUCUUGACAACGAAGCGUGUUUUCUGGCGCGGCGUGUGCGAGGAGCUGCUGUGGUUCCUGCGCGGCGAAACAAACGCCCAGUUGCUGGCGGACAAGGACAUUCACAUCUGGGAUGGUAACGGCUCGCGCGAGUUUCUCGACAGCCGCGGCUUGACGGCGAAUAAGGAGAUGGAUCUCGGCCCUGUCUACGGAUUCCAGUGGCGCCACUUCGGAGCACAGUACAAGGGGUUUGAGGCGAAUUACGAUGGCGAAGGGGUGGACCAGAUCAAAUCCAUCGUGGAGACCAUCAAGGUGAACCCAAACGACCGCCGCCUCCUGUUAACUGCCUGGAACCCAUGCGCGCUGCACGAGAUGGCGUUGCCGCCCUGUCACUUGCUUGCUCAGUUCUACGUGAACACGGACGCGAAGGAGCUGUCCUGCAUGCUGUACCAGCGCUCGUGCGACAUGGGGCUCGGCGUCCCCUUCAACAUCGCCUCCUACGCGCUGCUCACCAUCCUUAUGGCAAAAGCCACGGGUCUGCGGCCUGGCGAACUCGUGCACACGCUCGGCGACGCCCAUGUCUAUCGCAACCACAUCGAUGCUCUGAAAGUGCAGCUCGAGCGAACCCCGAACGCCUUCCCGACCCUCGUGUUCAAGAGGGAACGGGAGUUCCUGGAGGACUACGAGUUGUCAGACAUGGAGGUGAUCGACUACGCGCCAUACCCGCCUAUUAAGAUGGAGAUGGCCGUAUAG